AUGAAGGACGCCUUUGUCCGAGGCAUCAGCAAUGUCUCCAAAUUCUCUGCGUCUGCACAGAUGUCUACCAUCAUGCAGAGACUGCAUAUCUCUGUCGACCAGACCUUCCGAUACCACCUUCCCAACCGGUUACCAACCUUAUGUCGCUCAAUACACACGGUGACCAGGCUGCGGUUACCCCGGGAGCCAAUUCCAUAUUUACAUAUGCCAAUACCAUCCGAAACUCCAUCGUUCUCUAGAAAUUGGUCCACUUGGUCGACGGGGCCCAACUCCUCGCGACCUACAACACAACAAAUAUUGGCAAGCACUCGGAGAGAUGGCGCACUUCUGUCCAAGUGUGUCGAUGUCGCUCUUCGGCGACCAAUACCUUCAUUCCUGCCAUCUCGCGCAUUCCAUUCGUGUGGUAGGCACUCCGAUAAGACCUUGGACGGGCAGAAAGGAGAAGGACCAAACCAACAGCCGGAAAAACCUGGCAUUGUGGAUCCAUCCAACUCACAUAAACCUCCUCCCGACCAAGCUGGGGCUCAACAGCCGUCCCACCAGGAGCACUUCUACGACCGCAUUCAUCUGCCGCAAUUUCACCGUCCGACCAAGGAAGAGCUACUCGCAGCCGCAACGGGAUUCUGGUCGAGAAUGAAAGUCCGAUUCAAGUGGCUGACUAUCAAAAGCAGUCGGCCGUUCAAUGUGGACGAAAUCGUGGGGUUCAUCUCCUGGAUCGCGCUGGGCCAUGUCAUCUGGAUCGUGAUCGGGACCACGACCUUUGUUUCACUCGCUAUCCUGGCUAUCAACACUGUGUUUGCACAAGAGACUCUAGCCGGUUGGAUUGGUAAUUAUCUCACCAAGUCCUCCGGGCUCCAAGUGGUGUUCGAGUCCGCCAUCGUACCCAAAUGGGGCGAUGGCGUCAUCACUUUUCGAAACGUCUUCGUGUCGAGGAGGCCAGGACAACAAAAGUCAAAGAUGAAGAAAGGGUCACCUGAAGCCGCAGCGCAAGCUCCUUCUCGUGAAGACCCAAUACCUCCCGAAGAGCAAAACUACACUCAGUUCGAUAUAACUAUCGGAGAGAUUAAUGUGACUCUGUCUUUCAACAAAUGGUGGAAUUCCAAAGGUCCCUUGCAGAAUGUUGAAGUUAAACAUGUCCGAGGAGUCGUCGACCGGACUCAUGUGUUCUGGACCGGUGAAGAGCUCGAUCCGAAAUCUUAUCGACAUGAGCAUAACCCUGGAGACUUCGAAAUCGAGUCGUUCAAGAUCGAGGACCUACUUGUCACAGUCCUCCAACCGCAAGAUUUCAGACCAUUUCCCAUCAGCAUCUACCAUGCAGACCUGCCACGCUUGCGAAAACAGUGGCUCUUCUACGAUUUCCUGUCUGCCAACAGCAUGACUGGAGAGUUUGACCGUUCUCUCUUCACAAUUCAUCCUCGCCAGACACAUUCCUAUACUGGCGCGCAGCUCAAUGACCCUGAUGACCCGUCCAAUGAGCCGUGGAAAAAACAGUCUCGUGUUCGUGUCGAUGCAUUAAACAUUGAUCAUCUCAAUAGAGGUGCAGAAGGCCCUCUUUCCUGGAUUACUGAAGGCAAUGUCGAUAUUGUGGCUGACAUCAUGAUUCCCAAUGACAGCGAUGACUCCGUGAUCAAAGUUAUGACAGAUUUUUAUGAACGAUUAGAAGAGACCUUGACUUCGAAAAAGCAUCUAGAGGAACUACGCCAUGACAUGUCCCUUGUGACACCUUCUGUGGAUGACGAUCCAACUACACCACAAGCUCAAGGCAUUCUUCGAUCAUUGGGACCAAAAGACGAGGACAAACGAUUUCUUGUGAUGGAUCUUCGAAUUCAUCUGAAUGAUGUUCGCGCAGUUGUCCCUCUAUUCACCCGUGAUCUGAGUUACAUCAAUAACGCACUCAUUCGUCCCAUCGUUGCGUACAUCAACUCCCGACGGACAUUCAUCCCAAUUAACUGCCGUGUGGUGAAACGACAAUCAGACUUUGAUGGGAGCUGGACACUCUUCGACUCGGCUCUUCUUGACGAUUUGUCGGCCGAGGUGUACGAUGCUUUCGCAAGAGACGUUACAGAUGAGCAAGCACGGUUGCGACGCUUCAAGAAAGUCGGUUUGUGGAGUCUGCAAUUAGCGGCGCAGGCCAUCUUCUUAGUGAGUACCACCUUCUCAAGUCCUCGUCUUGAUGGAGAGGGUCUAACCGGAUUUCUCUUGCAGGGAAUGGCAGGCAACAUGGCUUGA